CUUUCACCGACCAGAGCGGCUAAUCUGUGAAGGCAGCAAUGUCGCUCCGAUGCCACUGUUCGAAUCCCUCACCUGUAUCUUUACCUCCUUCAUAUGUUGAUUUCUGUAAUUUCUCGAGGUUUCAGCUGAUUAGCAAUGGUCGCCGAAGAUUUUCCAAACCUUUCUCUUUCUCUAUCUCCGCCACUCCUGAUAGUACAGCUUCACCUAUUUUCCUCCCUUUUCUCCAACAACAACAUCAAGAAGAAGAUGACCACGAAUAUGAAGAAGAAGAAGAAGCUGACCUCGAAUAUGAAGAAGAAGAAGAAGAAAUCGAAGAAGACCCAGAACCGCCAAACGAUCCUCUUGUCAAAUUCUUCAAGUUCAGAGCAUCCACACAAGAUCCGGACCCCGGUCGUCAAGGCAAGUUCUCGCUUCAGAAGAACCGUCGGACCUCAUGGCACCUAGCCCCCGACGAAGACAUUGAUGAGGUGGAAGAAACCCAGUUCGAUCCCCCAAUUGAGCCCGCGUUCGAAGAAGAGCAGGAGAAUCUCACUUUGAACUCAGGUUCGGGUCGCCUCGGAGUGGUGGCGGAGAUUAUGCGACUGGCGAGGAACGUGCCGGACAAUUCGACGUUGGGUGAGGAACUGGGGUCUUAUGAAAGGAAAAUUGGAGAAAGAGAAUGCGUGGAGGUGUUGAGAUUGAUGGUUGGAGAAGGCUUAAUCGUUGACUGUUUGUAUUUCUUCGAAUGGAUGCGAUUGCAGAAGCCUUCUUUAGUUACUCCUCGGUCUUGCUCUGUUCUAUUCCCAGCUUUAGGGAGAGCUGGAAUGGGUCAGAAACUGCUUGUUUUGUUUCGCAAUUUGCCUGAUUCUAAACAAUUUCUGGAUGUUCAUAUCUUCAAUGCAACUUUAUCUGGUCUGUUAUGCUGUGGGAGUUAUGAGGAAGCUUGGAGUUUGUACGAAACCAUGGAGACAAAGAAUCUCCAAGUAGAUCAUGUUACUUGUUCAACCAUGAUAACAAUCAUCAGAAAAAGUGGAAGAAGUGCGAAAGAUGCGUGGAAGUUCUUCGAGAGAAUCAAUAACAAACGAGCGAAAUGGAGUUUGGAAGUCGUUGGAGCUUUGAUUAAGUCAUUGUGUGACGAGGGGCUUAUAAAAGAAGCGCUUAUUGUUCAAUUAGAAAUGGAGAAGAAAGGCAUCUCAUCAAAUGCCAUUAUAUACAACACUCUACUCGAUAAUUACAGAAAAUCCAACCAAAUCGAAGAAGCAGAAGGCCUGUUUGCAGAGAUGAAGGCGAAAGGGAUCAAGCCGACAACUUCCACUUUCAAUACUUUGAUAAACGCAUACAGCCAAAGAAUGCAACCUGAGAUUAUCGAGGAACUGUUUAGUGAGAUGGAAAACAUUGGCCUAAAGCCGGAUGUUAAAUCAUACACAUGUCUGAUAAGUGCCUACGGAAGACAAAAGAAGAUGAGCGAUAAAGCUGCGGAUGCUUUCUUGAGGAUGAAGAAAGUUGGUAUAAAACCGACUUCACAUUCCUAUACCGCUCUUAUCCACGCAUACUCGAUAAGUGGAUGGCACGAGAAAGCUUAUUUGGCCUUUGAGAAUAUGAAAAGGGAAGGAGUGAAGCCUUCUACUGAAACGUACACUGCCCUGCUCGAUGCAUUUAGGCGAGCUGGCGAUGCAGAAACACUUAUGAAAAUAUGGAAGUUAAUGAUCAGUGAAAAGAUCGAAGGGACACGUGUGACUUUUAACAUUCUUGUUGAUGGUUUCGCUAAGCAAGGCGAGUACAGUGAAGCGAGGAAUGUAAUAAGUGAAUUUGGUAAGAUCGGUUUGCAGCCAACUGUCAUGACUUAUAAUAUGCUUAUCAAUGGGUAUGCAAGAGGAGGGCAACAUUUGAAGUUACCUCAGCUGUUGAAAGAGAUGUCAACUUUAAAUCUGAAGCCCGAUUCGAUUACCUACUCUACUAUGAUAUAUGCAUUUGUUCGUGUUCGCGAUUUCAAGAGGGCAUUUUUUUAUCACAAAUGUAUGGUGAAAAGUGGGCAGAUUCCGGAUGUGACAUCUUACAGGAAGCUUAGGUCGAUUUUAGAAGUUGAAGCUAAAACAAAUAACAGGAAAGAUCAAAGUGCAAUACUUGGUAUUGUCAAAAGCAAGAUGGGUUUUUUGAAAGAUAAGAAAAAAGGAAAGAAGGACGAGUUCUGGAAAAACAAGACCAAACGUUCCAGAGCUGCUGGCACUGCCUCAAAAGUUCAAAAUUGACCAGUUUGGGUAAAUUGCCAUUGACCUACCUACCUAUGCUCUAUUUAUUUUAGCUAAUUUGAUAAUCUGUAGGAAAUUUUUGAAUCCCAAUUUAUAGUAUUUGAUAAUCUUUAUGAGUUACUGUAAAGUUCAACAAAAGAUUGCAAUUAUCCUAAAUGUGGUGCAACAAGAAAUCCAGAUGAAAAAACAUGAGUAGUGGCCUGUGGCAGUUCAUCUGAUUGUUUCUAUACUCAAAUUGGUGCUCAUUUU